CAGUUCGUCGUAGGAGAACAGCCACUGAUAGAGGCCGGAGACGAGACUGAACAUUGGCAGAACGCAGGGGAGAGACUGCCAACGGAAGACUGAAACCUGAGUCACGGCCGGCAAAAUGGGCCGAGAGCGAAGCAACGCGUGAGGACUGAGGAGCGAAAACGGGAUCUGUGGCCAUGCCCGGUCGGACCCAACGCGGCGUCCUAAUUACAGACACCGCCACAGAGGCCUUCGACGUUUCGACCGAGGACCUCUGCCCCAGUGGUGGUUUGUACUCGAACAAAAAUUUGUCGGCUUCUUCUUCGGCCAAGGGCGGCUCAGGGCUAGGCUAUGAAGUUGACGAAACGCGCGCGAGGCGUGGACUCGGCGGAGAUCGGCGGGAGGCACAGAGCCUGCCAGGGAGGACGGCCGAGGUGACCAGGACAGAACGAGGAGCGAAAAGCGCUGACUGGAAAGGAGGAAACUGGGGGAACGAGGGCAAGCACGAGAAAGACGACUGCAGAGGGACUGCGAAGCAGAAGUGGACGAAGAAACAGACGGAACAGCCACCAGCGUGUGCAGAGCAGAGCGACUGGCUCUGGCCAGUGGACAGGGGAAACUUUGUUGACUCGCGAAGAGGGAGCGUCUGGAAAAAAAGAGAGAAGCACACUCCAGAGUGAAGAGAGGGAAAACAAGCAAGAAAAGAUCUCGAGUUGCAGAAGAAGCCGUGAAAAGAACCCCUCUGUUUUUGCGUCACUACACGAAGACACGCGCGGACAAACAGACUCGACCGCAGUGAAGACGGGACAAGCCACUCACACCGGAUCCGGUGGACGUACAGUCGAAGUGGAUUUCCAAAAAGAGAGAAAAAGCUGAAAAGAAAAACUCGAGGUGCUCAUCAACCGGAGAGGAGUCGGACGGCGGACUGUGCAUGCCGCGAGUUGGCCUGGUGCCUCGUCGUCGCUGCUGGACUGUCGAAGCGAUCGACGGGGACCUUUCC